CAACGGACUAUGAGCGUAAUUUAACAGGUUUUCUUUUGUAAUAACAGUAAAGCACUGUUUUUAGCAAUAACAGGUUAAUACUGUUGAAAUCCUGCUGUAAAUUAACAGCAAUUGUUUACAGUGUGGGAUCAUUUAUAUAAAAAGACCAUUUUCUUCGACUACUAGUUGCAUGUAUGGAAUACUUAUGAACUCCAGUGUGUAAGGCUUCAUUGUUCCUGAUCCUAAUGUGCUGGUGGAGAAAGUGCACGUCACCGAGCUAGAACUCCCAUCCAAAAAGCAUGAAAUGCUGGUGCAGCAGCAGCGCCCUGGCACUUCUCCCAUGGGUGCUGGUGGUGGCCUUAGACGCCCAGCUAAUCUGCUGGCAGGCGCUCCUGCGGUGCCACGAGGAGCCCGAGUGCGACCUCGCCUACAGCCAAUACCUGGCAGCUUGUGAAGGUAACAUCAGAGGCACGAGGAGGCAGUGUCCGAGCCACUGCAUCAACGCGCUCAUCCGGCUCAAUCACACCCGCAGCGGGCCGGAUUUGGAGACCUGCGACUGCGCGCAAGACCUGGAGUGCAUCGGUGCCAAACGCGCCAUAGAACCGUGCCUUCCACGCAGACACCCGCACGAUGCCGGCGGGAUCGGGUGCAUGGAGGCCCGGCAGCGGUGCGAGGAGGACAGCGACUGCCACACCUCCCUCACGGCCUACUUGUCGUACUGCGGGCAGCUGUUCAACGGCAGGAAGUGCUCCUCCAAGUGCAAAGCCACCAUUCAGCAGAUGCUCUUCAUCCCCAAUGGGGUGCUGCUGAACCGCUGUGUUUGCGAUGGGGUGGAGAGGCCUUUCUGUGAAGUGGUGAAGGAGAACAUGAGCAAACUUUGUGCCAUUGGAGACCACAUUGUUAUUUCAGACCAGCCUGACGCGGAUGACAUCUACGAGGAUGAAGACUAUGACCCUAAACAUGACAGAGAGGAGGUGUAUACUGAUCCUAACUCUGCUUCCCAGAGGUUGCCCAGCUGUGUGACACUCCUGUUUCUUCCUCUAGCAUGGAUAUUGUACUGAGAGUGAAACAUUUGUUGGAUUUAUAAAUGACAGCUUGUUCAAGAGUCCAGCUGGAGUUGGAAUCAGUGACUUGAUCAAAUGGUCACUGGCUUGCUGGCACAGGACUCAAACCCAGGUCUGCUGGAUACGGGGAGCUAUUUUAUUCACCCGCAGGCCUCCCUGCCAUUCCAUUUUAGUUCCAGUGAGCACAGUAGUGAUUUGUGUAUGCUUUCCACAACCGUACAAUUUGCAUAGUAAUGCUUUUUCAUGCACAUCUCACUCAGGAAAACCGCUUUGUGAUUCAAACGGCAGGAAGUGCUCCUCCAAGUGCAAAGCCACCAUUCAGCAGAUGCUCUUCAUCCCCAAUGGCGUGCUGCUGAACCGCUGUGUUUGCGAUAGGGUGGAGAGGCCUUUCUGUGAAGUGGUGAAGGAGAACAUGAGCAAACUUUGCGCCAUUGGAGACCACAUUGUUAUUUCAGACCAGCCUGAUGUGGACGACAUCUACGAGGAUGAAGAUUAUGACCCUAAACAUGACAGAGAGGAGGUGUAUACUGAUCAUAACUCUGCUUACCAGAGGUUGCCCAGCUGUGUGGCGCUCCUGUUUCUUCCUCUAACAUGGAUAUUGUACUGAGACUGGAACAUUUGUUGGAUUUAUAAAUGACAGCUUGUUCAAGAGUCCAGCAGGAGUUGGAAUCAGUGUCUUCAUCAAAUGGCAUUGACUUGCUGGUGGCACAGGACUCAAAACCCAUGUCUGCUGGAUAAGAGAAGCUAUUUUAUUCACCCGCAGGCCUCCCUACCGUUCCAUUUUAAGUUCCAGUGAGCACAGUAGUGAUUUGUGUAUGCUUUCCACAACCGUACAAUUUGCAUAGUAAUUCUUCUUCAUGCACAUCUCACUCAGGAAAACCGCUUUGUGAUUCAAACGUUCACAUAUAGAUGGCCUUACAGCGCUCUGAGUGAACUUGUUGGCAAAUAUACUUCCAGGUGAUCCAGAUGAGAGGAAGUGACCCUACGCCAGACUAUUUGUUGCAGGGCAUUGCCAAGUUGAGUGCCUUUAAACAGCUCCUGUUUGUUUGGUUUCAAUGGUCCUUGGAGUGUGGCUUUAUUAAGACCUUAGACAAACAUUGGACCCAUCCAGUCUCUAUUUGCUCUGCUCUCCAUUUCGGGGGCCUCCGCAUUGUUGCAGCAACCACACUUCAAAUAUUUGUGGGAACAGUCAAAAGGACAGGCGAGGGUGUGGGAUCAAGUGCUGAAAUUAACUGAAGCCCUCUCCAGCACUCUGUCUGGGGCCCCUCCCCCCAUGUGAGAUUGUUUUAUUGAACUUUUCCUGAGACACCCCCACCCCCACCCCCCUCUUCCUCCUCUCCACCGCCUGCCCCCUUUCACGCCUUUAAAAGACCCCUGUCUUUAUUACUGCUUUCACACGGAGGCAGGAAAAGCUGUCUGUUGCUGGUGCGAAUAAGGUCAACAUACCAUACCUGGAGUUUAUCCUCAACACUGCUCAUGAUGAGAGGUUUACACUGCUUGGCUUUGUUAUGCAUGGAUGGAUCUGAUUUUAAACAAACUGUGUGAUUCGAACGGAAAUUGUUGCAAUAAGUUUUCUUGAAUCAAAGUCAUCAAAAAAAGAAAGUACAUUUUAUGGAUAUUAAGAUGGCCUGACCAAACAUCUGUCUUAUUGUAACAGCUAUUAUUGUGUUGCAG